AUGGAUACCGUGGAUAUUUGUGAGCUCCAUGGGGAGGAGUCUAGCCGCCAACGGGAGGAUGCGGAAUGCACCGCGAUUCGGAAGCGUAUCGUCAUCUGCUGUGACGGCACAUGGCAGUCAUCGGUCUCGGGAAAAGUGAAUGUUCCGUCUAAUGUGACACGACUUUGUCGCGCUUUGAAUCACGUUGGUACAGACAAAGAUGGCAAGCGAUGGCAGCAGGUGGUAUGGUAUGAUUCAGGAGUUGGAACCACUUCACUCCCCUUGGCCGAUGUCAUUCAAGGCGCGGUUGGAGAGGGUGUGGAAGGAAAUGUCAUUGAGGCAUACAAUUUCUGUGUUCUCAAUUACAACCCCGGUGAUAAAAUCAUGUGUUUCGGCUUCUCUCGUGGCGCGUAUACGGCUCGGACAAUUGCUGGUCUGAUAUCAGACAUCGGAAUCUGUCAUAAGCGAGAUUUGAACAAAUUUCCGGAUCUAUGGGCAGUGUACCGAAAGGUCAAGCACGGGAAGCGAUUCCACAGAAGCGAUUUAUGGUUCGACUGGAUAUGGGGGAAAGCCGAUGAACACCAAGGGGCAGGCGACGCGAACAACAGGAGCUUCCUGUAUUCUCAGCCUCCUCGGGGUGAGUGGGCCCAGGAAGGGUCUAGGGAGGUGGAGGUUGUCGGCGUGUACGACACAGUUGGUGCGAUUGGGAUGCCUGAGGUCCUAGGGAUUAAAUUGCCAUCCCCAGCCGGCUGGGAGAAUGUCGGGCUUUCCUAUAAUAUCAAGUACGCCUUUCAAGCCCUGGCUCUCGACGAAUACCGGAAAGCAUUUUCGCCUACCCUGUGGUAUCUCGAUAAGAAGAAGGCCACAGAAGAAGAUGUGAAGGCUAGAAAAGAGGAGGAAGAGUUGGCCGAAAAGAAAUACUCGAAGGUUCUCCAAGAUGCGAAGGACCUGAAAGCGGGAGGCAGGGCUACUGAUAACGAAGUAAAUGCCGCAGCCCGAGAGGUCAACAAAGCUGCGAGGGCUUGGAACAAGGCCUCUAGAAGACGAGUCAAAUCCCACAACAGGCUGAAGUUACACCCUCUUUUAAAACAAGUAUGGUUUCCGGGAUAUCAUAUCAAUAUCGGCGGAGGAUCCAUGGACACAUUGGAUAACAAAGGCGAUAUGGAGGAGUUAGCUUCGAUCACAUUUGCCUGGAUGUUGGAUCAAAUCAGGGAACACCUCUCACUUGAUGAGCGAUAUAUCGUUGAGGAGAAAAAUGAUCGGGAAGAGCAUUUGGAAGAGCUCAACAAGCUCGUAGGCAAAGGCGAGAUCACAUACACGUCACGAGCAAGAUCUGAAAGAGACUGCUUUUGGCGUCUUGUGAAAGCGACGGCCUUAGCCGUGAAGCAUCCUCUUGCGUCUAUCGAGGAGCCAUCCUACCAGAACCCCCACAAAUAUGGAUGGGGAACUGGAGAUAUGAAAGACAGCUAUACAGCGAUGUAUUGGCUGAAUGGGCGGAGGAAGCGUACCCCUGGCGAAUAUGCAAAGAAGGAUGGAGAGGAUCUUCGUGAUACCUGCGAGUUCGUCCAUCCAGUUGUGAACUUCAGAGUCGAAACAUUCAAGUUGUUGAACGAGGAGGACAACAGACAUCCUACAUACAGGCCGAUUGGGGCCAAUAUGAAGUACGAGCGCCGCAAGGUGAUAGACAGCAAUGGGAUUCCUUCCUUUGUGUAUGACAUCGGCAAGUCACACAGCUUGCCUGAGUGGCGACUUGAAGGGCGGGAUUCCUACGAGCGACUGGUCAUUGCCGGACAUGCGGCGCAUUCUUAUGUGAACAAACUGGAUGAAGAGUUAAAGACGAGAAUUCAGGUUGUCCGUUGCUCUGCUGGACCUCAUCAGGAAACGCCGAUGGAGCACUCUCAAAUUGAGGAGACGGCCCUUUAG